AUGGCGGAAAUCACCUACGACAGCAUCUUGUCGUCCAAGCCCUACUGCUUCCUCGUUGGGCCGCAGGAGCGGGAGUUCUUCAUUCAUGCCUCGCUGGCGGCGAAGAAGUCUUCGGUGCUGGACUCGAUCGUCAGCAAUGGGUUGACGAAGCAGGAAGCAAACGGCACCGCGGUGUGGCGACACGUCGACGAGGACACUUUUGUUCGGUUCGGUCAGUACGUGUACACCGGAGACUACGAAGGCAGCGCUCCGUCCCAGCCUACCACUGCUGAGGCUCCGCCUCCUCCUGUUGCAGAGGAGAAGGAGGAACCGGAGCCGCAGCCUUUGCCGGACAAGGUGGCUGAGGAGAAGCCCGUUGAUUUCCCCGUGAGAGAACCGGCGACACAUGUUGAGCUGGAGGCGGUGGUUGAACCUGUUCCAGACGAAGCAGUCGUUCCUGAGAAGGACGUGUGGGGUUUUUUCACUUCGAGAGGAAAGGUGGGCGGAGAUUACGAUUGGGGCUUCAGCACAACCAGAGCGUCGAAGCCGGCUGACGAAGAACCUGCUGCACCUGAGCGUGAGCGUGAGCGUGAACCUGAGGAUGUGGCGGAUAUGUGGCUCUUCGGAGUUUCGAAGAAGGAUAAGAAGAAGAAGAAACGGGUCCUCAUUGCGUCGGAGCCGGAGCCGGCGGAGGCAGUCGUUGAAUUGGUUGUAGAGGAGGAGCCAGCACGGGUGAAGCUGGCUGAAGAAGAUUGUUGGGAUGUUCCUGCGGCUGAGCCUGAACUGGAGCCUGAACCAGCAUUUGAACCGGCGCCCAUCGAGGAGGCGGCGGACAUGUCGCCCACUCCCAUCAAGAAGAAGGGGAAGAAGAAGAAACGGGCACUCCUUGCGCCGGAGCCGGAGCCGGCCAAAGACGAUGUUGAGGAGGCUCCUGCGGCUGAGCCUGAACCGGAGCCAGCGCGGGUGAAGCUGGCUGAAGAAGAUUGUUGGGAUGUUCCUGCGGCUGAGCCUGAACUGGAGCCUGAACCAGCAUUUGAACCGGCGCCCAUCAAGGAGGCGGCGGACAUGUCGCCCACUCCCACCAAGAAGAAGGGGAAGAAGAAGAAAGGGGCUCUCUUUUCGUCUCAGCCGGAGCCCGCGAAGGCAGUCGUUGAGUUUGUCAAGGAGGAAGAGUCAGCGCUGCCAGAGCCAGACGUCUCCUUCCGGGCCGCCUCUCCGCAAGAGCGGCUGCUGCCUAUGUUGAAAGACGUGUGGCACAGCUUCACCACGGAGCUGCGCUACGACCCCGGCACCGGCGCUGGUCAAUUUGACGCGCCCGGCAACGAGGUUGACAGCGCUCUCGAGUACGCGGGCGUGUUUCUGUCUCACGCGCGGGUGCAUGCCUUGGCUCACGAGUUCCGGGUCGAGCCGCUCGCGCAGCUGGCGCUGCAUAAGCUGCACCGGAUCCUGUGCGCGUUCACGCUGCACGAGGCGCGCAUCGGUGACGUGGUGGCACUGCUGCGGUACAGCUACGAGGAGCGGCAGCGGCUGGGGGAGCAACUGCGGGCGCUGGUGAGCAAGUUCGCGGCGUGCCAUCUCAAGACGCUGUGGACGAGCGAGGCGUUUAGGGCGUUGUUUGCCGCGUGCGGAGAGCUGGCGGUUGCUAUUGUGGGACAUGUGAUUGACAAGUUGAAUUGA